AUGCCUGCUCGUGCUCGACGAGCGGCCUCUCCGGCGAUGUCGGAGAACGAAUUCGACAUCACGAAUGCCCUGUUUCAGAAUGAUAGCGAUUCCGACAACGAGCAACAGUCUGCGAAAGCCUCCAAGCGGCCGAAGCCCGCCCCGGCACAGGACCUGGAUUUUCUCGGAGGAGCAGGAGCUGCCGGCGACGAUGACGAUGAUAACGACGAGGCGUUUAUCGCGGAGAAGCAGGCAUCUGCGAACCGGAAGGGAUCGAAUCUCAAGGGUCGCACGGUGAAGAAGGGUGGUGGAUUCCAAGCCAUGGGAUUGAAUGCGAAUCUACUGAAGGCGAUCACUCGGAAGGGUUUCUCGGUGCCUACGCCGAUUCAGCGAAAGACCAUCCCCGUGAUCAUGGACGACCAAGACGUUGUCGGUAUGGCUCGAACGGGAUCCGGAAAGACCGCUGCGUUCGUGAUUCCGAUGAUCGAGAAGUUGAAGGCGCACAGCACCAUGAUCGGAUCGCGAGGAUUGAUUAUGUCGCCGUCCCGUGAAUUGGCGUUGCAGACGCUGAAGGUCGUCAAGGAGCUGAGCAAGGGCACGGAUCUGAAGUGUGUUCUUCUGGUUGGUGGUGAUAGUUUGGAGGAACAGUUCGGAAUGAUGGCCGGCAACCCGGAUAUUGUGAUCGCGACUCCCGGACGUUUCUUGCAUUUGAAGGUGGAGAUGAAUCUCGACUUGUCCAGUAUCCGAUACGUGGUGUUCGAUGAGGCCGAUCGACUCUUCGAGAUGGGUUUUGCCGCGCAGUUGACCGAAAUUUUGCACGGUCUGCCUCACAAUCGUCAAACGCUACUGUUCUCCGCUACGUUGCCCAAGUCGCUGGUAGAAUUCGCCCGGGCCGGCUUGCAGGAACCUACUCUGAUUCGUUUGGAUACCGAGAGCAAGAUCUCUCCUGAUCUUCAGAAUGUUUUCUUCUCCGUGAAGUCCGCGGAUAAGGAAGGAUCUUUGCUUUACAUCCUUCAUGAUGUUAUUCAGAUGCCCGUGGGUCCCACUGGGGUGCGUGAGAGGGUCUACGACGAGACGCUCGACCCGAAGAGCCCGAAUUUCAAGAAGCGAAAACGCCCAGACUUUGGAAAAAAGAACAUCUACAAAGAAUCCCCGACAAAGCACUCGACCAUCAUCUUCGCGGCGACAAAACAUCAUGUGGACUUCUUGUACGGCCUUCUGCGCGAGUCUGGAUUCGCCACAUCCUACGCCUACGGCUCCCUCGACCAGACUGCCCGGAAGAUCCAGGUGGAGAACUUCCGCAGGGGUGUCUCCAACAUCCUGGUUGUGACCGAUGUCGCAGCCCGUGGUAUCGAUAUUCCUAUUCUUGCCAACGUCAUCAACUACGAUUUCCCCUCCCAGCCUAAGAUCUUUGUCCAUCGUGUUGGUCGAACGGCUCGUGCCGGGCAGAAGGGAUGGAGUUACAGUCUUGUUCGCGACUCCGACGCGCCUUAUUUGCUCGACCUGCAGCUCUUCCUCGGAAGACGGUUGGUGGUUGGCCGCGAACAGGGCGACCAGGUCAACUUCGCCGAGGACGUGGUGGUCGGCAGCAUUCCCCGAGACGGUCUGUCGCAGCGCUGCGAGUGGGUCACCAGAGUUUUGGAUGACGAUGCGGACGUCGCAGCGCAGCGGCUGGUGGCCACCAAGGGAGAGAAACUUUACAUGCGGACUCGUAACGCCGCCUCGCUCGAAAGUGCCAAGCGAGCGAAGCAGGUUGUGAACUCCGAGGGCUGGUCCCAUCUCCAUCCCCUCUUCAACGAACCGGAAAACAACAUGGAGGUGGAGCGCGAAAAGAUGCUGGCGGUCAUCGGAGGGUUCCGACCGCAGGAAACGAUCUUCGAGGCGAACAGCCGACGCAACGGAAAGCACGAGAGCGAGGAAGCCAUCGAUACGAUCAAGCGAGUCCGCGCGACGCUCGACUCGAAGAAAAAGAACAAAUCGCAGGCCGAUGGACAGUCGGAGUUUGUGGAAGAGGCAGCAACGACGGGUGCCGACGACGGUGAACAGGCUGGUGGUGCUGCUGGUGACAACGAAAAUGACGAAGACGAAGGCCAGGGCCCGGCUGACAACAUGUCGCUGGCUGACGAGUCCGAUCUCGAAGUGACAUUCUCGUCCUAUUCGCAACCCAACAAAGCGAAGGACACGACGGCCUCCUUCCAAAACCCGGAAUUUUUCAUGUCCUACAUGCCCAACACCACCAACUUGGCCGAAGAUCGCGCCUACGGUGUACACACCGGCACCAACGUCAACUUCACGCAGGCCUCCCGCGGUGCGACCAUGGACCUGCUCGGCGAUGAAGGUGGCAAGAAUUUCGCCGAACCUCGCACGCAGGUGCGCUGGGACAAGCGACACAAGAAGUACGUGUCACGGCAAAACGACGAGGACGGAUCCAAGGGCGCGCACCUGGUUCGCGGCGAGAGUGGCGCCAAAAUCGCGGCCAGUUUCCGCAGCGGCCGAUUCGACGCCUGGAAGAAGGGCAAGCGACUCGGCCGCAUGCCGCGGGUGGGUGAGGCAGAGGUCUCCGGCAUGGGCGCCGACCUGCACAACCAGAUGCACGGCAAACGCUUCAAGCACAAGAAGGAGCAGGCUCCCAAGCGGGCGGAUCCUCUGCGUGCGGAUUACGGCAGGAUGAAGAAGAAGGGCGACGCUGCGCGGGAGCGCCAUCUCUCGAAGGCUGGUGGUGCGGCGUCCAGCGGUAAGAGCGAGAUCAGGAACACCGAUGACAUCCGGUUAGCGCGAAAGCAGAAGCAGAAGCGCAGGGAGAAGAAUGCUCGCCCAACGAAGAAGAGAAACUAG